UUAGUUGUAAAUCAACAGCUGACGUGGUAGGAUCGAACUCUCUGAUUAGAGUCUGUACCAAACGUAAGCCGGAAGUGAAUUUACAAUCAAAUAACCGUUCGAAAAACAAAAUACUCUGAAAUGUGGUAGAAGAAAACGAAUGAAAUGGCCAUCCGGCAGCUUCGGCUGGCGUCCAUGUUUCCGCCGGAAGUGAACGUGGCCUCGCAAAGGCGCCAAUUGUGCACCGCCCAGCUGCCCUCACCAUCAGUUCACGUGCCAUCGAUUUCGGUUCGACUGAACGGUUAUUCGCCGCGUGGUUUCCCAGGUGAGGGCCAUGAGGUCUUCGGUAGCCCAGUGCUGAUGCAAAACGGCGGUUCCGGAGUGCGACGUUGUGGUGCUUCAGCUGGUGGUGGAGGUGGUGAUUUUGUGAAUAAUUUAAAUCACAUCGUUAACGAUUGCGGCAUUAACGAUGACGAUGACGGUGCCAAGGAUAGCGCGCCCACCGAUGCUGGCCCGUUGGGCAUAAUGAAGCGCAUAUGCUCGGAAGGAAUCUUGUCGGCGGCAUCGUCAGGUUCUGGUUCCAGCAGUGGCGCUAGCACGGGGUACUACUGGAUGCUGAUGAUAACUCCGGUUGUGAGCAGUUUUUCGGUUGCCCUGGUCAUUGCCGCUGUUGCCGGACCUCAGUGGCUGCUGACGGAGGAAAAAAUACCGAAUGGCAACUACAACGGUACGAUGAACUACAACCAAAAGGACGAAGGGAUAUAUCUCACCAAAUAUACCAAAUCGUCACUUUGGAUGCUUUGCAGUAAGAUUGGAGGCAGCAUACUGGGCACGGCCGCAUCUGACUUCCAGUGCACGAUGAUAGCCUACUUCCCCCAGGAGGACUACAAUCCCGAUCCGCACGAUUCGACAAAUGCAAUUCCCUAUACGGUAAUCAACUCGUCACCUUUCUUCUUCACCUCCAGUGUGGUGCUCGUAAUCAGCUACGUUCUGUUUCUGGUGGCAAUGUGUUCAUCGAGGCGAAAGAUCUGUUAUUUCGUAUCCGGGGUACUAUUUAUAAUUACAGGUCUCAUCAUGCUGAUCGGAUUAAUCAUGUUCAUUUCAAUAUUGAAGGCAGAAAUCGGUUCCAAACUACGGCCACGCUCGUCCCUGCAGGCACCACUGUUCAUCUUCCGUUAUGGUCAGAGUUUUCUGCUGUUUGUAUUCGGUUUCAUCAUAACGGAAUUAUCGGGAAUCCUCAAUGUUCUCAUCUACUCAAAUUUACACCAACGGGAGUUUAGUCAUUCGCAAACGUACCCAACCUAUCAGAACUUGAGCAGACAUUUUGAUGACUCUACACCAAAGACAGACCCGCAGAAAACGUUUGCUCCGUACGACGGAAUGCAUCCGCGAUACUACUUCGAAGCGAAUGAUGGAUGUGCGGUGCACCGGAAACGAGCUCGGCAAACUUUGAUCAAAAGUUUGAACGAACUAUACACGGAACCGGCACCGGUGAUGAAAAGUACUGCAACCGCUACAUCACCUCCAUUUGCUAAGCCGGUGGACAUUUCGGCUCCUUCCAGGAUUGAGAUCAUGGCCGGAAGUGGCAAACUGACGAGAAGUGUUUCGACAUGCACCGAUAUAGUGAUGGCAGAUGAACACAAGAACGAUGAAGCAGGACAAAGUGAUGAAAAUCUGAAGAACAUUUGCGGUAUAUCCAAACAGUAUUUUACAAAGGAACUGUCUAAGGAAAAGCUUUUUAAUGAGUUUUGUAAGAAAGUUGGACCACGACCGAAGCCAAAAAAUAUAUACUAUAUCGAGGAGGACGGAAAGAAUGGGGAUGGAUUCCAAAAUGUGUUCGUGAUCGAGGGAAAUAACAGCGAUGACGAUAAGUUCAAGCGAAGGCGACGGAAUUCCAUGUUGAGUGAUUCGUACGAACGACGCCAAAGAGUUAAAUCGGAUAAUUCGUUAGACCAAGCCUUUGGAAUGCACCGAUCUUACGAUGGAUUACUGCGAAAUAACCUUGACAUGAGACAGACUUUACCGAGAAAUUUUUUGAAAAAAAAUUAUAACCAUUUCGCGGAAAAUGAGUUGGACUACGAUCGAGGCGGAUUCAGCAGUUUGGACGAUUUAGCAGAUCAGACUACGUGGAAUCGUCGAAUAUCCGCUAGCGGAAUAUUAGAACCCGUUAGAUCAAACGCUUCGCAAAAUAACAUUGAUUCCAUCGCCUCGUACCACAACCAAUCCAAUUGGCCGAAGAUGAUUCCCAAGUCCACCACCGAUUUCACCAGCUUACAACAGAAGCAUCUCCUGCAGCCUACCUCUCCGUCUUACGCCGAUUACGCCGUGAACUCACCGGUUCAGGUUCAUCGCAGUUACGGUGAUCUAACUAAACAUCAAUACGUCCGCAUUCAGCAUCCAUCGCUGGUGGGUUACCAUGCUGCCAAAAUGUCCGGACCGAUCUCGCCUGUUUUCGAUCUCGACAAAAUUGAAUGCGAACGCCGCAAAUCGCACUCCCAGCUGUUUCUCAAUAGUCCUGCUCCGCCGCAGCAUUACGACUACGUCAACGGGACGGCUGUUUGAAGAAACAUUUUCUCGUAUUGACAGAAUUAUACCACCUUUCGGAGUCAGGGUAAAAAAUAAUACAUAGUUAACAACCAUCGUAGCCAAUACAGCAAAGUUAGCACAAUUUACUCAUCAUAGUGCGAUCGAUCAUGAGCGCUUUGGUGUUGAAUGCAACUGCAUAUCACCUACUUCGUAUGUUUUUAGGAUUAUUGUUAGAUAUCUAUGUUUGUAUACAUGGCUUGUACUCUAAAUAUACAAUAUACUAGGUGGAUUAAAACAGAUUUUUGCG